AUGCGUCCGCGGUGUCCGUGGCAUGCUAUAAUCUUUCUCCUCCACAGACCACUGUCCAUGUCCACCCCAGCACGUGCACGACCAGCUAUAGUUACCUAUACGAAGGAUGCAGUAUUGAGGGGGCACGGAAAGUUUACUUUUGCGAUAUCAUCUCGGGGAACGCCACACAGCAUAGGGGGAGGGGAGCAUGGGCAAUUCAAGAACUGGGAGAUUUGUUUUUCGGGGUUCAUCUCACACCCUUCCACGCGCGCAAACUUACCAAUGAUGAAUCAUAUCGCUUUUCCCCCUCCCACUAUACCAAAAGUAAACUUGGAAACCUUGAUCGACUCGGCUGCACCCUAUUGUGAUUAUAAACUGCCUCAAUUCUAUAGGACGCCGGUCAAAGCCGUCAAGGAUCACAGUGACAAUAGACACGUUCUUCACUCCGUUCAACUUACCAUUGUCUUCAAUUGA